AUGGCGGCGUGCGACACGUGCCAGCAGUACUACCACCUGCACUGCCUCAACCCGCCGCUGCAGCGCCUGCCCAAGAAAAGCAAAGCAGUACGGCUGGUGAGUAGCUUGACGUCUCACGACAGCGAUGGCGGCGUGCGACACGUGCCAGCAGUACUACCACCUGCACUGCUUCAACCCGCCGCUGCAGCGCCCGCCCAAGAAGAGCAAGCAGUACGGCUGGUGAGUAGCGUGACGUCUCACGACAGCGAUGGCGGCGUGCGAGACGUGCCAGCAGUACUACCCCCUGCACUGCCUCCACCCGCCGCUGCAGCGCCCGCCCAAGAAGAGCAAGCAGUACGGCUGGUGAGUAGCGUGACGUCUCACGACAUCGAUGGCGGCGUGCGAUACGUGCCAGCAGUACUACCACCUGCACGGCCUCAACCCGCCGCUGCAGCGCCCGCCUAA